AUGUUCGUCUCUCCUCCUGGCUACCAGCCGGUCUACAGCCCUGUAAGUAUCCAGACACACUGCUGCUGAAUUUAAAGGUUACAGAUGAUCAAAUCUGUCAGUCUGGUUCUGUUCACAGUUUUUAUACCGUCACAGACUGGAGAACUAUGAGACUAAGAAUUAAAGUGAAUAACUCUGAUAAUAUUGUCAACACAACACUGAUUUUAUCUCCUUAUUCUGCUGAUUUCUGGUCCAUACGUCCACAUUAAUGAGUGUAAAUAUUAAAUAAAGCUGUAACAGUUUUUUUGAUGUUUAAAGUACUUUUAUAUUAUAUGUGUAUAAAACUGCCGAGUAGGUUAAGGUUUUCUUUUUGUGCAUUUCUCAGAGUAUUCCUUAUCUGGGGCCGAUUUAUGGAGGCCUGAGGGAGGGAUCGUCCAUCUACAUCCAGGGGUCCACCCCUAAGGACAUGACCAGGUGAAAACAGAAAACAUGUUUCUCAAACUCUGAACUCUAAAAAAGACUGAGGGGGAAACUUGAUCUUGUAGGAAAUUGACUCGACUGGUUCGAAGAGAGUCACAUUUUUAUGAGUUAAAUCCACCAGGAUGUUUUUUUUUUAAUGUAAAUGAAAAUAUGGAAAAUUAGAAACCGCCUUCAGUCGUCCCAUAUGAUUAUUAUAUACAACCGUUUAAAAAGUGUCUCUAAACUUUUCAUCACAGAGAUUUCUGUUAUCAGAGUCACAUCAAGAGUCCGCAGAGUAAACUCGGUUCAUUCCUGAGAAACAGUUUUUUACAGUCGGCCACACCUGCUCUGUUUGCACUUCUGACACUAAACUAACAGAUCUGUCACUCCACGACUUACCACCCGACCAUCUCUGGUUAACUUCACGUUAAUGUUUCACAGGUUUUUUGUGAACCUGCUCUGCGGACCGUCCGAGUCCAGCGACGUGGCCCUCCACUUCAACCCACGCUUUGACGGCUGGGACAAGGUGGUCUUCAACACUCGUCAGAACGGAUCCUGGCAGUCCGAGGAGAAGAUCCAUGAUAUGCCGUUCUCUAAAGGAAAGGGCUUUGAAUUGGUCAUCAUGGUCACCUCACAGGGCUACCAGGUCAGACCAACCAAGACCCCCUCACAUUCACACAUGAACCUCCAGGUGCCCUCAGGAGACAGGCCUGAACACUAAUUAUAAUAAGCCUUAAAAAGCACUUGAACACAUCCACGCCUCUCCUUCUGUUUGACCUCCACCUGCUGAGCUGACCAAGAAAAAUGAUGAAUUUUCAUGCUGCAGAAUCCAUUUAAUUGCAUCUUUUGUAAAUACGACUUAUUGCAAUUCUGCAUUUUUGCAAACAGAGUUUUCAGCAGAUUCUACAGACUGAAUGAGGAGGGGUGGUAGAACAGUUUUAUGGGGUUAUUAUGAGCCCUGCACAGCCGUACGAGACCAGACUGUUUACUGUGGAGUGAUGGUUUUAAUGUUCUUCUGUUGCAGAUUAAAGUCAACGGGAAAGACUUUCACACCUUCAAACAUCGUCACCCUGUGGAGAGAGUCUGUGGGAUUCAAAUCGCAGGAGACGUUUCCAUCCAGACGAUUAACGUCAUCGGGGUGAGGCUGCAGGCCCCCAAGACCUCAAGAAAUCAGAUCCAUCAAAAAGAAAAAAAGAAAGAAAAUUAUUAAAAGAAAACACUGUUGUUGAUCCUAUGAUAGGACACCAUAUUAACCACACUCUGAAACAUGCAGUGAAUUAAUCAUUUCUCUCUAAGUAGGUCUCAUAGACUUUACAACAGAGUUUUACAACAAGCUUCAUUUAUCGUUCUGUCUUUUCAGGGAGGAACUGGAGGAGGAAUGGGAGUAAGUAUCAACUGAUGUUGUUAUUUCAAACAUGUCAAAUAAAAUCGAAUAACAGUUAAAAAAACAAACAGCAAAGUCUUUAACAGGCAUUUAACGAUCUCUUUUACAUCCCCCAGGUUGUUUUAUAUUUCAUUUUUUUGCUUUAGUAUUUAAUUGUACCACUUUUUGAAUCAGAUAAUAAAUUAAAUAUUCUCACAAAUUCAUCAUGUUCUCUAUAAAUAUUUGUUUAUUUAUUCAUGCUAGCAAAUCCUUUUCCGCCACAUUCAUAGAUUCAUGGAUCCUAACCCGUCUUUGUUGUUCUUCAUUGUCUUCUUGUCUUGUUGAAAUUUUUUUUCACUAACUAUAAAAACUGGUUAUUAUUUAUUAAUCACAUCUCCAUGCACAAUAAAGGAAUCGAUGUGUAAUUCAGUAGAGUGUUAUACAGGAUUUAACAUGUUCAUCACUUUUCAGCAGGGAGGAUAUCCAGGAGCUGGUACGGGGGUAUGUUUCCUGAGUUUUCUUCAGAUGUCGUAACCUUAAAAUUUAACUGAAAUGUAAUAAAUUUGAUCUUUUCUCCUUUAUUUAGAGCGGAUAUCCAGGAGGAAUGGGCGGGGGAACAGCAGUAUGUAUAAUUAAGAGGUUUUUCUUCAUGAUGAGACACAUCGAAUAAAUCUUUAAUCUGCCGUCACUUUCAACAGGGAGGAUAUCCAGGAGCUGAUAUGGGGGUAUGUUUUCUGAGUUUUCUUCAGAUGUCGUAAUCCUUAAAAAGACAUUUAAAUUUAAUGAAUUUGAUCUUUUCUCCUUUAUUUAGAGCGGAUAUCCAGGAGGAAUGGGCGGAGGACCAGCAGUAUGUAUAAUUAACAGGUUUUUCUUCAUGAUGAGACACUUAAAAUAAAUCUUUAACCUGUCGUCACUUUCAACAGGGAGGAUAUCCAGGUGGGAUGGGAGGAUGUGGGGUUGGAGGGACAGGUGGAGGAAUGGGUGUAAGUAUUCUUCUGGGUUAAUGAUUUCUCAAUGAAAUGAAAAUGAUCAAACUGUAUUAAAUGUGUUCACCACUUUACAGCAGGGAGGAGGAUAUCCAGGAGGCUGCCCAGGGGUGAAUUUCAUUUUAUUUUAUUUAGUCUGAACUAAAAUCAAAGAUAGUGUCUGUUUAAUGUAUGAAAAAAAAAAAUGAAUUAAGUUAAUCAAGGUUAUUUUUAAUAAAUUAUUGAAUCAACAUUUCACUUAUUUUGUCCUCUGCACACUUACAGGGCGACUAUCCAGGAGGAAUGGGAGGUGGGAUGGGGGUAUGAAGCAACAGUUUUUUCUUUAAGACCUUAAACCAACUAAAAAAAAAAGCACAAUUAAAUUUGUAUCAUUACUUUCCUCUAAAGGGAGGAUUCCCAGGAUCAAACCUGCCUGUAAGUACACCACAGACAGAACUUUGACGCAGGUUUUCUUACUUUUAAUGGUUCAGAUUCACACUUUCAUUUAUUUAUAUCAUUUUAGGGGAUGGGUAACCAGCCAGUCUACAACCCUGUAAGUAAGAUUUCUUUGAAUAGCUUAAUUUUCAGUUAUUUUAUGAAACGGCCUUUUAUUUUGAAAGUAAUAAUCGGAAGCUGUGUUUGUUGGCCACUGAAUAACUGAAUAGAAAACCAGGAUGACCCUUAAAGUAACAGGUUUACAGUAGCGAUUACCGCCCUCCAGUGGUCAACAGGAGGAACUUCAGCAAAGUAAAAUACUGCCUGUAUGAAACAAAACCUCAUUAAUGGAGUUAAUUCGGUGGAAACGGUAGAUAACCUAAAAAUAAAAGUAUCUGUACUGCUCUUUUUAUUUCAACUACAAUAAAGAGGAAUAUCAUCGUUUUCCUCUUAAAAAGUAGUUUAAACCUAUACAAUGGUCAGUUGGACCUGCUAAGUUUAAUCAUUUUAACUUCACCUUUAAAAUUAACUGUCGAAUUGUACAGUAUUAAUACUAGAAGCUGAAUAAAACAUGUUCAUUCUGCACUUGGGGUAACAAGAGCUUAUUUGUUUCAGUUGACUCUACUCUGACUCUUAAUUCACCCGGAAGUUUGAGUGGUUACAUGAUUAUUGUGCGGAGUAGUCCAUCACUUUAUCUCAGCUUUUUUAAUGAACCUUUAGUGUAAACAUGUCCAGCUAAUGCAGUCAGAGUUAGGUCAAAGUUUCUGACUCUGAUCUUGUUUGAACCUUCAGCCUGUGCCGUACUCAGGACAGAUCCCAGGAGGGAUGUCCCCUAAAAAGACCGUCAUCAUCAGAGGCAUGGUGCCCCAUGGAGCCAACAGGUGAGCCUGUGUGUUCAUGAGUCUUCAUGCUGAAACACUUGCUGUUGUGUGAUUGUCACCCCUGGGUUUGGUUCUCCAGGUUGAGCAUUAACUUCAUCGUGAGCAGAACUCGAGACGUGGCCUUCCACAUGAACCCCCGGGUGAGAGAGGGGAUAGUGGUGAGAAACACGAAGAUGGGAGGAAAAUGGGGAAAGGAGGACAGAGAGCUCAGCAUGAACCCUUUUGUAGAGGGACAGUACUUUGAUGUAAGUACUCUGGUACCUUUAAGCUUAGUUUUAUUUUGAGUAUUUGUUUAUUUUGAGAUUUUUGCCUCAUUUGUUCUUACUACCUGGUGAGUCAGGGUUCAAUACUUUCACCCUUACUCCUCAGAUGUCAGUCCGCUGUGGGAAUCAGAGGUUUAAGGUGUUUGUGAACGGGCAGCACUUGUUUGACUACGUCCACCGCCUGCAGUCCUUCAGUGAGGUCGACAUUCUGGAGAUCGAGGGCGACGUCCAGAUUUCAUACAUCCACUUUUAA